AUGGCGACCGUGCUCUGUCCGUCGCUGGUUGCACUCGAUCCUGUACCUUGUAACGACCCAUCAUGCAGCGCAUCGCACACACACACCCCAGCCUUUUGCGACCCAUGUAAAGCGGUACACGCCCAAGUCCACUCGUCGAUCCAUCUGGCCAGCGUCGGCCACAGACUACGCGUCGAGGGCCCCGUAGCGCCUGUCCGGUGCAUAGUAUGCUGUCCACUCGGCCAAGAGCCCACUGCGCAGUUUUUGUUCGUCGGUCCCGAGCAUUAUGCGGUCCAUGCACGCACCUCUGCCCACCGAGCACGUCUAAGCAAGCUCAAGCCUGAGCCGAGCGUUGGCAUGGGACGACCCAGCUUUGACCGACCGUAUGCGUCUCGGGCCUCUACGUCCAUGGUUCCCCCACGGAGCAUGACGUCCCCUGGUCCCGGCUCGCGUCCCUCGAGUAGCAUGUCCUUUGACGGCGGCGCAGCGAAUGCUCCCCCAGGUCCCUCUCCCCACCGUUUGGCAGAUACCGAAUACGUUCUAUGCGCGUUAUGUCAUACUGUCUUGCCCGUUCCUCCGGUGGAUUUAGCCUUCCUGCGCGAGCAUGGGAAACCUACGAACCGAGUCGUCAGCCAUAGCUCAGAUGCCACCGUCAAGGAUAGCAGACCUCGACGACGAAUCAAAGAUGAUGAAGAUGAGACGAGCACAGUUCUGACCACGACUGAUCCCCAGGCCGAGAUUGAGACCCGCAAAUCCCUCGUCCUCGCGCAUCACAACGCCCACGAUACCGAACAUGCUCGGCGCUUACGAUUCCCUAGGUUCAAAGAGGCAUGGGAGAGGAGAAUGAAGAAGCAGGGCACUCUUGACGGUACUCCAGAUCCCGAGCCCGAAGACGAGGAAGAACAGGUCGAGCCCGAACAGCCUCCCUCUCGUGCCAUUUUAUCGCCUGGUCAGAUCGCUGCCUCGCCUUCGCAGCUCAGCCUCAGCUCCCUUAGCGCGUCACCCAGUGUGGCGGUCAUGGGCCUGGAUGGAGAAGACGUCUAUGCGACAUACGGUCGGGCCCUCAAGGCUUUCGAGGCGCGUUCGGCUGUGGGUAUCACGGCUCCCCCUCCCCCUCCUCCCCCGCCCAAAAAACGCGACGACGACGACGAGUCUAUUGUCGAUUGGGAGUCCCGCCUCAGAUCUUCCGAGUCUCCGCCCCAGGCCUCUUUCCAGCUUCCUCCACGCGCUCCAUCCUCCCAGGCCCAUAGUGUUUCGUCCGCCUCGACAACGUUUUCCUAUGACUCUAUGGGCCGCCGGUACGUGAGAGGUGAAAACGGACGAGCUUAUCGCGUAGAUGCCGAUGGCCGAAUGAUCAUGAACGGUGCGUCGGUGCCCGUCCAGAUCCCCUCGAACCUUUUGCCUAGUCUGAGCCCCAUGACCCAUUCCACAGAUUUAGAUUCUGAACCUGACAAGCUCAGUCUGGACGAGAGAGGCUUUAGGGAACCUGGUCCCCCACCUGCAUUGCCCGGAAAGACGACCUCGAGGUUUUCAGAGCCCGGUCCCCCACCGCCUCUACCCAGAGCUGGGUCUCGUACUUCUUCUCCUGCGCCCGGAGUCGUCAAGCCUCGAACGUCUUCGCCUCUUCCCCCAUCAGCUCCUGCCGCCAAGUUCUCGCCCGCGGCUAAACCCAUGCCAUUCAACCACCCACCACCACCUCGCCCUCCCUCUGCACCCAUCCCACGCCGGUCGGUCUCGGUUUCGUCAACCGGGCAGUCUCAGCCAUAUAUGCCUUCUCCCUCUCCUCCCCCGAGACUCGCAUUCGACACGUACGGGAGAGUGCUCAAGCUGGGCAUGCUCGGCUGGGAGAGGGAUUCGAGCGGAGUGUUACAAUUGGGUCCGCAAUCGAAUGAGGGUAGUGCGCUCACUUCGUCUGCCCCGCCUUCGACUUCGUCUGUCGUGGCUCCCUCUGCGCCUGCCUCCGAGACGAGCUCUCAGCCUUCCGUUCAAGAGGAAGAGGAAGAGGAACAACCGCCUUCACCUCCCCGCUCGCCCACCCCUGAACCAGAGCCAGAACGUUCUCGCGCGCCAUCGCCUAUUGGUACAGAGGUUGGCGUCCCGAGGGGUGUAGCGACCGUCUUGGCCCCUCAGAGGUACACACUUAUUCCGGGCCGGAGUGAAACGAGUUCAACGCCUGCUACGAGCCCACCCCCCUCUGUCGGCUCACACACUCGAUCUUCCUCGUCAAUGAGCAUGCGCUCAUCUUCUCAGAUGGGCUUUACCGGGGCGGGCAGCAGCUUUGGCGCAGCAGCAAGCUCCCAACUCGGGUUUUCGGGCAGCGCAAAUUCUCAGCUCGGCUUUGGCGGCGCCACACUCAACUUUGGAACCGGACUCGAAAAGGGGCUCGUCAGCGGCCUGGGGCUCGAGACCGUCCCGUCCCACCUGGCGAGCACACUCGGAGGAUCCAUUUCCCGGCCGGCACACGGGCGAAGCGCGUCCGCGUCGGUGAGAAGCUCGAGCGCCCAGCCGUCGUUCCGGACUCCCGAGCCCCCCGUCCGGAGCUUUUCGGUCUCGCAGCCGGUCCGGACGACGAUUCUCCCUGCGCGGGUCGAGCGCGAGGUACCCUCGAGCACUGCGGCUACUGGAAACGGGCAAGCCCAGUCGAGUGGGGCUGUUACGGCGGGGUAUACGCCACCGUCGUUGUAUCAGUCUACGGGACCGACGACGCGCUCGAUUCGUCCGGUCGUUGCUCGCAAGUCGACGGGCGAGUGGGCGCGGUUGGAGGGCAAGGAGGGUGAAGGAGUCGCGGUCGGGGCUGGUGUUUCUGGUCCUGCUGCUGGAGGAUGGAAGAACCGAACGCAGACGCCCGAGGUUCUUCCUGAAGAAGACUCAGAGAGCGGCAGCGAGAGCGAGGGCGGAGACAAGAGUCAUAGCGAGGCCAGCCAGUUGAUUCGAGAGUUUAGCGGCAAGGCUCCCAAGCCGGCGGAGGCUCCGAAAGUAGUCGAGGUUCCCAAGGCGGUUGCCGAAGCUCCCAAGCCAGCUGUCGACGCGCCCAAGCCUACAGUCGGAGCACACAAAGUGACGGUCGGAGCGUCCAGAGCACCAGUCGGAAACAGUAAUGGCAAUGGCAACGGCCACGCACGAGUCAUCUCACGCACGAGCACCCUGCCCUCACGAACGACCGCCCGAGCCAUUUCGUCCAGCCCGACCCCCAUGCCCGCUCCAGCGCGGAACCCGUCCAGCUCGUCCAUCCUCGGCAACGAGUCGAUCUACGCCACGACCAGCCGCCGGACGUUUGGCCCAUCCGGCGCGGAACCCACGCGCGCAUUUAGCCCCUCGGCGGCCUGGAGCUCGCUCGCGCCCGCGAGUCCGCGUUCGCAGAGCACACAAUCUGAAGUAGAUGAGUUUGGGAGUUUUGACGGGCCCGGAUUAGAUCAAAACGUUGAAGUUCAGCCAUUUGACGAGAAACAAUUCUUGGCGGAUUUGGGGUUCGGGAUUACCAUUCCUCCUCCCAAGGUUAGGGGCCCUCCCUCCCCCAGCGAAGAGGGGUCGCCUGUAUAUGAGAGAGGCGGUUCUCAAGGCAAGGGAAAAAGCCCAGCUUCGGCCAAAACUUGGAGUCCGGCGUCAGCAAAGGGCAAGAGCCCCGGGCGUGUCCAAGAUGUCAAAGGCAAAGGACGAGCCGUAGUGCCCUCGGACGACGAAGAAGAGGGCGACGAAACGCAAGGAGAAGAAUCGUUGCCUCCUUCGCCUGUUAAGAGAAGAGCUUCGGCUCCUUUUGUUGGGACCACCACGACUAGACGUCAGAUUUCGCUUGGUCCUCGUCAGAGUCUUCCUACUUCCAUUCCCGCUCCUGUUUCUGCUCCUGCGCCUGCUCGCGCGGAGACCCCACCCCCAGUCACUCCUGUUCGUGCUAUUCCUCAAAGUUCGCCCCCAGAACAACCCACUCGACGCGUUACGAUCCGAGCUCCCGAGCCGGUUCUCAAGUCGACUGGCCCUAUUGCUCAGCCUCUCCCUGCCCCGUCGAAUCCCUCUACACCUGCUCCAAAGCCAUCCACUCCUGUCGACAAGCCAUCCACUCCUGUCGACAAGCCAUCUAAAUUCGGGUUCAACUCUUCGACUCCCAUCUCACGACCUUCCCCUCUCACACGAGGCUCAACCAUCCGAGCGCGCGCCCCCUCUCCUCUCCAGCGUGAAGUUCAAACCGCACCUCCUCCCCCACCUCCACCCGCUAUGACCCCAGUCCCCGCGCAUAUAGCCUCGAAUCUCAGGUAUCCCAUCCCACAGACCCCAGAGUCGCCUGCUCAACCCCAAGCGAGCGCUUCUUCCAAACCGGUCCUCAAGACCCGCCGACGCGCUCGUCCGAUGGGAUCGUCCGUCGCUGGAUCGGUUGUCUCUGGCUACGGGCGCUACGCUGGAUCGGUCGUGUCUGGAUACGAACGCGAGGGGUCGGUUAUUUCUGGAUACGAUGGUGGAUCGGUCGUUUCUGGGUACGAUGAUGAUAGGUCUGUAGUUUCGGAGCGGGUGGACGACAGGUCAGUUGUUUCCGAGCGGAUGGAUGACAAGUCUGUCGUGUCCGAGAGGGAAGAUGCCGAAUCUGAAGUUGGUGCGCCUCAUCCACUUGUGACUCUUCCUCCAUCUCUGCAAUUGCGGGCAUUGGAAUUGAUGAGUCCUUCGAGCGAUGCUCCCUCCUCGAUCGUUACGCCGCUCUCUCCUCAUAUGAUUCAAGUCCUCCAAUCCCAGGGAAUCAACGUCGACGAGCCCAUCUCCGAGGAGUCUGACAGAAGCAUGGAGGCAAUCGCCCAACACAUCGUUGGCAUGAACCUCCACGAGACGCUUGGGUCCCCCGAACCUAUUGGGAUUGAAAUCUUUGGACGUGUCGACUCUGGCUCCGAGCUUACAUCCCCAGUUGCUCCUCCUGGUGCCCCCUCGGAUGCAGGAUCGUUGUUCUCCCGUGUCGCGUCGCCCAAACCGGUCCCCGCUGUUGCGCGUUUGACUUUGGCUCCACGUUUGAGUAUGAUUCGUUCGGAGACCCCUGGAUCUACACGUACCAAGACACCGCCUGUUACUCCUCCCAAAGCAACUCACGUUUCUCCCCCUAAAGCGAGCGAUAUUACUCCCCCCAAGAACAGCCACAUCGUUACUCCUCCCAAAGGGCCCCUAUUCGCUCGAGGACUCGACAGCACUCCCAAGUCUCAGCGAUCCGCUCGUCCAGAAUCGUUCGCCGCCCCUGCUCAUCCCGAGUCGCCGCCAGAUGAUACGUCCAGGGACAAGCCGCGCGGACCGAGCAGCAUCUUUUCCCGCGGACCAGAGUCGAGCUAUUCGUCCCACGAAGAGAAACCCAAGGUCGAGUGGAAGUUGGAACUCCCGCAAUCCUCUGAUCCGUUCACUUUUCAGAGUUUCUUGGGCGGAAUGGAAUCUCAAGGACACAGUCAUUUCGGACUUGACUCUGCCGCCAUGCGUGUAGCCGAGAAUCCGAACGUAGAGCCGGAUAGUGAACCACCCACACCAACAUCGAGCGCGCCUCGGGUUAGUGAAAGGCCUUUGAGGGGACCACUUCCUCAACAACAACAAGACGCUAAUGAGGAAGAGGAAUAUGAUGAGGUAGAUCCAGAAGAGGCCGAGGGAGAGGAAGAUGACGGUGUUGAGGAAGAUGCUGAUGAAGAUGGACGUUUGACGUCUUCGGACGAGGGUGCGAGGACUGAAACUGCUGACGAUGAUGGGCUCGAUCACCUGACCGAGAGCAUUGGCGAGCCGUUUGGGCUCCAAGCUCAAGCUGAUACUCCACCAAACAUGGAACAAUCUUUCGAGUCUAAUCGUGCGCAAAACGGAGGCAUGCUCGGCUCUGGUCCGUUGUAUAGUUCCCCACGAGUAGUUUCGCCACCCCCGCUUCCAGAAGGCUUCGACACCCAAUUUAUCGAUCAUCGUACCCCAGAGGCCCAAGCCCCCAUGACACCAAACGAAAUGGAAGUGUUCCAGACUUAUGGAGGAGAAAUGGCGAUGCCUGAAGAGGUACUUGCCCUCCAGCCCAUCAUGUGUGAUGCAUGCCGCGCACCCAUGGCUGCCUCCAAGUGGUACGAGCAUAUCUCCAGAUCUGCGCACCGACGCAAUGCCGCGCACUAUGCUCAGUGGAAAUUCGAUCACCUUACUGCCCGCUAUCCCGAUGUCGACUCACGUGAACUCUGGGCGCAAGCCACCCGACUCGACCCCCGUGGGGCUCUCCCUACCGAGUACGCCUUUUGCGAGGUCUGCCAAGUCUUCCUUAUUCGUGGUGAUACAGACCAUUUCGAUGGGAAGAAACAUUUGAAGUGCUUAAAGGCGAUUGCGUUGCGCGAUGCGGAUGAGUUGGAGAGUGUGCGUGGCAGUGUUAGUGAGGAAGAGGAUGCGCCGCCGCACCGGCCUCCGAUGCUCGCGUCGCAAAGGGGUGUUGACUGGACUCAACCUCGCGCGCGGUCAACAGUGGGUGCGCGGAGCGCGCUUGGGCAUCGAGCAUUCCCGUCGGGGCGAUGA